ACAGCCUGGGGCGCAGGAUGGCAGAGAUGAAGCACAUCAUCGUCUUUCUGGGCCUCUUGGGAACUUUGACUCUCUUGCCAUUCUCCAAAUGUUCAGCAGACGAAGCUGCCUCGGAGAAAUUGCCGCUUCCUUCUCUGUUGAGCAGCAUUCAAGAAGCCAAGCAGAUGGUGGACGAAGCGUACAAGUUAUCACGGGAGAGAGCAAAAGAAGACUUGAAAAAGACCCAUGCCAGCCCAUCUGAUUUUCUGAAACACUUAAAGGAGCCAGUGGCAGGGACCAGGAAUGCAAUCCGCUCUGCAGCUUACCAGGAGGUGGUUUUCAGCCUCCUCCAAAAGAAAUUGGAGAAAUAUUGGCAUCGGCGGUUCAACAUCACAGAUAUUCUUAGUAACAAACAGAAGGAAAUGAUCGCCAAAGCCACAGGAUGUAACUAUCUCUCCCGGCCUAUGAGAUGUCCAGAAACCAGCCCAUACCGGACCAUCACUGGAGAAUGCAACAACAGGAAACACCCUCACUUUGGAGCAUCCAAUCAUGGCUAUGGCCGUUGGCUACCAGCUGAAUAUCAGGAUGGCAAAUCUCUUCCCUGGGGCCUCACUCAGGGGAAACUUCGUAACGGAUAUCCUCUCCCACUGGUGCGGAAAGUUUCCAAUGUAAUCAUUGCCACCUCCAACGAGAAUGUCACGGAUGACCAGGAGCGCUCUCUGGCUUUCAUGCAUUGGGGUCAAUGGGUUGACCAUGACAUGGAUUUAGCACCCAUGACUCAAACGAAUGUUGAGACUAAAGAAUCCCACUGUAGUACCAGUUGUAACUAUGCACCUCCUUGCUAUCCUAUUCAGAUUCCUCCUGAAGAUCCACGAAUACAUGAGCCAGGAGUCUGCAUGCCCUUCAUUCGGACUGCUGCAGUGUGUACGCCCUUCACAUUAAUCCGUGAGCAGAUCAACGCCAUCACAUCGUACCUGGAUGCCAGCAUGGUGUACGGGAGUGAAGAGACUUUGGCGAGGAGUCUGAGAAACAGAACAAACUCUCUGGGCUUGAUGGCAGUCAACCAGAAUUUCACAGAUGCCGGGUUGGGGCUGCUGCCCUUUGAGAACAAUUCCAGAAGUCUCUGUCUGUUCACAAACAAGACAGACAACAUCCCUUGUUUUAUCGCAGGUGACAAGCGAGUGACUGAAAAUCUGGGACUGUCUGCCAUCCACACAAUGUUUGUACGGGAGCACAACCGCCUGGCCACAGAGCUCAGACAACUAAACCCCCACUGGGAUGGAGAGAAACUCUACCAGGAGGCCCGGAAAAUCAUCGGAGCUAUGAAUCAGGUGAUCACAUUCAGAGAUUACUUGCCCCUCGUACUGGGCAAUGAAUUUAAUAAACAGUUGCCCUUGUACAAGGGCUACGACGACUCCGUGGAUCCCACCGUUGCAAAUGUUUUCUCCCUUGCCUUCCGAUUUGGCCACGGUUCCGUCCCACCCUUGGUGUCUCGUUUAGGAGAAGACUUCAGACCACUAGUUCCUUAUUCCUACGUACCGCUUCAUCUCACCUUCUGCGCAUCGUGGAGAAUCGUACGGGAAGGCGGUAUCGACCCCCUUCUCCGUGGUUUCCUGGUUGACCAUUCCAAGCUGAUGAUGCAAAGUCAGAUGAUGGUCACGGAGCUUCAAGACCGGCUUUUUGAGCAAGUGGAAGAAAUAGGUCUCGACCUGGCUUCUCUAAACCUGCAACGGGGAAGAGAUCACGGCCUGCCAGGAUACACAGCCUGGCGGCGGUUUUGCGGCCUUUCUGAACCGCGCAAUGAGGCCGAACUUGCUGCUGUGAUGCAGAACCCAAAACUGGCAAAGAAGUUUAUUGAACUUUAUGGGACACCAGACAACAUUGACAUCUGGAUUGGGUCGAUGGCUGAACCCUUCAUCCGCAAUGGAAGGGUGGGGCCUCUCCUCGCGUGUCUCAUCGGAAAGCAGUUUCGACACGUUCGAGAUGGAGACAGGUUUUGGUGGGAGAAACGUGGUGUUUUCACUCCCCAACAACGCCGUGCCCUUAGCAGCGUGUCACUCUCCCGCCUUAUUUGUGACAACACACACAUCAAAGAGGUACCACUGGACAUCUUCAAGAGGAGCCAGUAUCCCAGAGAUUUUGUGGACUGCCAUCAAGUCAUGGGACUGGACUUGUCAGCUUGGAGAGAAAGAAAGGGGGCCGGUGGGAAAGGGAAAGGACCAAAGGAGCAUUCGUCUGCUUCUGACUUUGCAUCUUGAUUUUACUUUGAGACAGAACUCUUGAGGGCUCAACCACAGAAUGGACUUUCAAAGGCUCAGACCUAGGAAAGUCUGAAGCAUCUUUUUUGUAUGCACAGAGUGCCUUUUCUUGAGCACAGUGAGCCCUAAACACCACAGACUGGGUGAUACAAGACAUUAUUUUCCUGCUGAUCUUGACCCCGAGAACCUGGAGAGAGACUACGGCUCAGUGGUAGAACAUCUGAUUGGCAUACAGAAGGCCCCAGGUUCAAUCCCCAUUGUUAACAGCUAAAAGAAUCAGGUAAUAGGUGAUGUGAAAGACCGCCAGAGAGCCGCUACCAGACUGCACAGACAAUACUGACCUUGGUGGACCAAAAGUCUAAUUCAGUAUAAGGAGGCUUCAUUUGCUCAUGUAACCUGUCAUGUUUAGAAAAUAAAAACUGAGAGGCACUGAUGGAAGGUGGUCUAUUGUUCUCCGGGAAGAACAGCUACUGAGCUGGUAGUGUAGCGUAAUCCUGGACUUCAGGGAUGUGUUAUAGAGAAGCAUAGUAGGUUUGUUUGUGAAUGUAGGGUGAAAAGCUGCCUCUAAGCCCCUUAUAGAGCCUGCCGGUGGCAGGAGGCCUGAAUAGAGCAUCCUGCCAGCCACUACAAACCUGGUUUUCAGGAUUAUUACCCACUACCUGUGAGCCCCAGGUGGAGCCUGGAAGUAGGGGCAGGGGAGUCCUAUAACAGUCUGGCCUUAGAAGGUGUAAGGGAGAUGGGAGGGGGGAGUUCUCUCCCUCCAACGGCGGCCGGCUGAAGCAGCCCAAAUCAUGCUGAAAAAAAAAUUGACGUGAUUGGGGGAUGUGCUUUUUAGCUUCAUUUAAAUUGCCGCCAUUUUGUUUCAGGUGAAAAAAGUCCCUGAAAAGCACCUAUUAAAUAUUUUCCAGGUUUUUUGGUUUUGCCAAACACACCCUCCUAGCCGAAACCUUCCUUUGUUAUUGACUCCCAACACUCAUAUGAAGUAGUGCAAUUUCUCCAGUGUGCCUUCGGAGAAAACAGGAGUGAGAGGGGUCACUGGGUUAUAGUGAAACGAAAAUUCAACUUGAGGAUUAAAUGUGAGCCAACCGGCAAAUAUUUGUUUGCUAGGGGCAGAGUGGGAUGCACAUUCGUGUUCCUCAAGCCUCCCUUGACUUCUCAGCCUUGUGUACAUGACUUGAUGAUGACCCAAUUAACAAAAAUACCAUCUGAUUGUAUCUCUGACAUGUGCAAAAUUAUUUUUAAAUUAAAAAUGAUGUGUGCAAAGGU